AUGAAUGGCCUAUUUGUUGUCCUUCUAAUCUUCGUUAUAACUUCGCCUAGCUUGUGUGCUAGAGUAGACCUUGAUGUAUCUGCUAUCUACAAUGUUUUUGACUAUGGCGCCAUGGGGGAUGGCCAAACCGAUGACUCACAAGCUUUUCUGAAAACAUGGCAAGCAGUGUGUGGUGCGAAUCAGGGCGCCGCAACACUUCUCAUACCGAAAGGAAGAGCAUUCUUGUUGCAACCUGUGUCGUUCAUAGGUCCUUGCAGACCUUCAAACGUUUAUGUAGAGCUUCAGGGAACUAUCUCUGCCCCAAUAGGAGUUGGUUCUUGGCAAUGGCCAAGGGAUAGCGAUAGGAGAGCGUGGGUCCAAUUCAGGGGCAUAUAUGGCCUUCAAAUUUACGGAGGAGGAAAAGUUGACGGCCAAGGUGCUGCAUGGUGGACUACCUUUCUUCGCAUCUACGACAGACCCGCUGGUAUUCGAUUCCUUAACUGUCAAAAUCUAAGACUUAGCUCGUUGUCGUUCGUCAACAGCCCGAGAAAUCAUAUAACCAUAAACAGAUGCAAUGGCGCAACCAUCUCCAAUCUUUUUAUUGGUGCACCAUAUAAUAGUCCAAACACCGAUGGGAUAGUUGUCUCCACAUCAUCUAACAUCUUAAUACAGAAUUCCAAAAUUGCAACUGGUGACGACUGCGUUGCCAUUAUCACCGGAGCCUCCUUCGUCAACAUAACUGGCAUUUUCUGUGGACCUGGCCACGGCAUCAGUGUUGGUAGCCUCGGACGAGGUGGAGCUUAUGAUACAGUACAAGAUAUACAUGUGCGGAAUUGCACCUUCACUGGAACUACCAAUGGAGCCAGAAUCAAGACAUGGACGGGAGGAUCGGGCUAUGCUAGGAGGAUCAGAUUUGAAGAUAUUAUACUUGAUGGAGCAAAGAACGCAGUGAUUAUUGACCAACACUAUUAUGGAGAAGAUAAUGGAGCAGUGCAAAGGAAUAGCAAACACCCCAUCACCACAGACUACAUCAUUCUUUACUAUCUAAGUUGGUAA